AUGGGGAAUAUAAUGGGUUUAUUACCCUACAUUAUCACGUGGAGACUGUGGAAUAGGCGGUGUAAGGCACAUAUGGAAGGGAUUGUAGAAUCUGUAGAACACGUAUGGAGGAAUAUAAAAUUCUGGGUGGCAAAGAUCAGUGAAAAACUCAAGGUCGGAAAUACAUUGUCUCCACCAGAUGAGAGCAUCCUCAAGGAAUUGAACAUCCCGUCGACACCUGGAAAAAUCAAGCAACUGAAGCUAGUUCGAUGGCGUCGACCUCCUGUUGGUCGCCAUAAACUUAAUUUAGAUGGUAGUAGUAGAGGUAAUCCGGGUGCUGCAGGGGCAGGGAGAGUAAUACGUGACGCUUCUGGGAAUUUAGUGAGAGCGUUUUCGGUUUUUCUGGGACACGGAAAUAGCUCCUUUGCUGAAUUUAUGGCGGUGUUUCAUGGUCUCAAAAUAGCAAAAAGUUUGGAUUUGACUCUUAUAGAUGUAGAACUUGAUUCCAGUAUCUUGGUUAACUGGCUGAAGAAAUCAGAGAUUGGUCUCUGGUACCUUGAAGACUAUUGGGAGGAGCUAAAGGAGACUAUGGAGGGAAUGACUAUUAGCAUUUCCCACGUGUUCAGAUAG